GUUAAUUUAUUUUACGUAAACGAAACUUACUUUAGGUACAAGUAAGUUUUACAAAACUUUCAAAGGGAACCGGGUAAUAUUUAGGAAAUGCAGAAACAUUUAUCUUCAAAAAAAGUAGAUGCAGGAAACGUAAGAUAUGAUCGGAAUUUCUAAUUAAAUCGACACACAAUACAUUCAUUUUGACGGCAGCGCUAAGACCAAGUCAUAAAACCCAAAUUCUAAAUUGAGUUUUUGAAGUUUCAGCUGCGCUAUAAGAUCAUUUAGAAUUGUAUUGUAUUUAGGUAUUUGCCUUCUAGUCGAAGUUUCCUUGGAAAAAAGAACAAAGAGAAAAAACAAUAAAAAACAAAAAUGCGUUGGACUGUUCAUUUGGAUGGUGGGCCAAGACGGGUUAACCAUGCAGCAGUUUGUGUUUGUGAUUUAAUAUAUUCGUUCGGCGGUUACUGCACAGGAGAUGAUUACCGAUUUAAUGAAUCUAUUGAUGUGCACGUUUUGAACACGCAAAAUUUGCGAUGGACUUUAUUACCGCAAAAAAAGGACGAAAAUGGUACGGUGUUAAAAUAUCCUGAAGUACCAUUUCAGCGUUACGGUCACACAGCAGUGGCCUAUAAGGAGAAGAUUUAUAUGUGGGGAGGCCGGAAUGAUGAAAGUCUUUGCAAUUUUUUAUAUUGUUUCGAUCCUAAAACUUUGUCGUGGUCGCGUCCUAACGUAACGGGAGUUGUGCCAGGUGCUCGCGAUGGUCACUCCGCUUGUGUGAUUGGCAACUAUAUGUACAUUUUCGGUGGUUUUGUCGAGGAAAUAAAUGAGUUUUCAUGCGAUGUACAUGCCCUUAACUUCGAGACAAUGGAAUGGCGCUAUGUGCAGACCUUUGGAGUACCGCCAUCGUUUCGUGAUUUCCAUGCAGCAGAACAUACACUUGGACGUAUGUAUAUUUUUGGAGGGCGAGGAGACAAGCACAGCCCUUACCACAGUCAAGAGGAAAUGUAUUGUCCUGAAAUAGUAUAUCUUGAUUUGAAGACUAAAGUUUGGCAUCGUCCAUCUAUAACAGGAAAAGUACCCGUUGGCCGUAGAUCCCAUUCAAUGUUUAUUUACAAUGAUUUGAUUUAUGUAUUUGGAGGAUACAAUGGUUUACUAGAUCAACAUUUUAAUGAUUUGUACACUUUCGAUCCAAAAACGAAUUGUUGGAAUCUUGUUAAGCCGCACGGUAAACCACCAACACCCAGACGUCGUCAAGUCGGCAUUGUUAAGGAUGCACGUCUUUUCCUUUUUGGUGGUACUAGUCCUUGUCCCCAUGCUGCUGUUCAAGAACAAACAUCUCUUAUUGAUAAUAAUGAUACCCACGUCCUCGAUUUUAAGCCCCGUCUUAAAACAUUGGCCAUAUUGACUGUAGUGGAAAAACGUAUUGAUACCACAUGUUUACCUAAGGAACUGAGAUAUGAAAUAAAAGCUAUGACUCAGCCGAAUUCCAUAAGUCGACCGGUUAAUCACGCUGGCUAAAAUUGGCAAUUGUAAGAGUAUUAUGCUUGAAAAAAGCAACCUUUGCAACUCAGUUGUCAAUACAGCACAAUCAAAUAACUUGAAAUUUAACCCAAUUCAAAAUUUAUUUUUAUUUUUAUAUCAAAUGCGACCAGCGACGAGAUAAAUAAGAAUUUUGGGUCAAGUUUCACUGAAAGGUUGUUUGUAUAGGGCUUACAUUAAAGACAUUUCAAAAUAUGUUUUCAAAUAUGUUUUACCAAUCUUAUCGCCGAGCCGAACUGCAAUUAUACAAUUAAAAAAAAAAAGUUGAGCACAAAUAAUAUACGUAAUAAAACCUAGUAAAAAAGCGAAAACAAUUUUUCUUAUCCCCAUAUGUGUAAAUAUUGAUUAACUUUCUAAGUGUAUAUGUAAUAUAAUAACUAUUAUCAUAACGUAGUUAAAUUCUUCUUUUUAUUAGUUUAAUAUUAA